AAACAUUGCGAAUGGGCAAAGUAAUUUCAAGUUUAAAUAAGAAAAAAAUGAUAUCUUACCCUUACCCUCCGAUAGUUGCUGUGUUAGGGUGCACUGGUGUUGGCAAAUCUAAAUUAGGUAUUGAACUAGCGAAAAAAUUCAAUGGAGAAAUUAUUAGUGCUGAUUCCAUGCAGGUCUAUAAAGGGUUGGACAUAAUCACCAAUAAAGUAACUCAAGAUGAGCAGAAAGAAGCCAUUCAUCAUUUAAUAAAUGUGAUUGAUCCUCCUAAGCAGUAUACUGUAGUUGAUUUUCGUAACCAAGCUUUAAAAAUUACAGAAAAAUUACUUCAAGAGAAGAAACUUCCUAUCAUUGUUGGAGGUACGAACUAUUACAUAGAAUCUGUGUUAUGGGAGGUACUUAUUAGUCCCCAGGUUGUAAAUACUAGGCUUUUACAUGAAGAUGUUGAUAUCUGCACCAAAAAACUCAGUUCUCCUAUUUCUAGCGCAGAAGACAUUUUUAGUCAAGAAAUUAACUUUGAUUCUGUCCAAAAAUUUUCGGGAGAAGUGCUACAUGAAGCAUUGAAACGAGUUGAUCCUGUGAUGGCAAAUACGAUACAUCCUCAAGAUCGUAGAAAAAUUGUCAGAAGUCUGCAAGUGUAUCAGCAGCACAAAAGUCCUCAUAGUGAAAUGAUUGCCAGCCAGAGGAGCCAAAAUGGUGGUUCAUCGUUAGGAGGUCCCCUCAGAUACCAGAACUCUGUUAUGUUGUGGAUACAAUGUGAGAAAGAAGUACUGGAGAAACGUCUUGAUGAGCGUGUGGAUGAAAUGUUAGAAAAAGGAUUAAUAGAUGAAUUGCUUGAAUUCCAUAAACAAUAUAAUGAAAGCAAACUAUUGUGCCAUGGCACACCAUCAUAUACAGAAGGAAUAUUUCAAUCUAUUGGUUUCAAAGAAUUCCAUAAUUAUUUGAUUUUGUCAGAGGAACAAAGAAACACUGCUGCUGGUCAAAAGAUUUUUAAAAAUGCAAUUGAAGAUAUGAAAGUUGCAACCAAAAAGUAUGCCAAAAAACAGGUUAAGUGGAUCAAGAAUAGAUUUCUUAGAAAGCCAGAUAGACAAGUUCCUCCGAUUUAUGCCCUUGAUGCAACAGACCUUGAUCACUGGGUUGAAAAUGUUCUGGACCCUGCUGUUAAAAUUGUGGAAUCUAUAAACCAGGGAUCACUGCCAGCUCAAAAUCCACUCCCUGUUGAAGAGGCUAUAGAUGAUGUCCAGGAAUCUCAUUACUGUGAUAUUUGUCAACGAAUCUUCGUAGGAAGACGCAUAUGGGAUAUUCACUUGAAAUCUAAAAAGCAUGUCAAAAUGAAGGCAAGGUUGAAAAAAAUGAAAUCUGAUGAAGAGAAGAAAGACACUGUUUCAUCACUGUAAAGAAAGAUGGUCAGAAAAUGUAACCUACAUUUGUUGCCUGUAUAUAAGAUGAAAUAUUUAUAAUAAAUUUAUAAAGGUAACCUUUCUAUUUUUAAUCCGUAUUUAAAUUUCAUACAGUAAAUUGAAUGUUUAUAUUUCUGUAUCUCCUUAAACAACUUCUA